AUGGCCGACGACGUCAAAGCAAACGCAGAGGCCCUGGUCCCCAGGUUCAAGCUUGACCGUGUUCUCAACCAAGACCAGGCCGGCCGUCGCACCUCGUUGCUGGGUACAAUCGAUUCCAAGCCCGCUCUGCUGAUCCUUGAACGCGCUCCUUUCCCGACCGACCCCUCGUACCUAGCCGCCGCCCCGGCGUCCCUCUCGUCCAUCGCGAACCUCGGCGCCAACGACAUUUACCACUGGUACCUCGCCAGCAGCGGCUCGCCGCCACCGACGACGACGACGACGGCACCCGACGCCUCCUCCCUCGCCGACCUCAAAAUCAACCUCAUCUACCCCUGUACCGACGUCCACGUCAAAAAGUACAGCCGGCAGGGCGUCCGCCUCGUCACCGAGACCCCUGAGCUCUACGCCUCUCACGUCCGGCCCUAUAUGCAGCGCAAGCGCGACGAGGGCCGCCUCAACUGGGUCUUCAACAUCAUCGAGGGCCGCACCGAGGUCGAGGACGUCAUCUACCGCACCGAGCUCGGCACUCAGGGCGAUGAGGGCUUCCUGCUGCUUCCAGACCUAAACUGGGACCGCAAGACGCUCGACGCCCUGCACCUGCUCGCCCUCGUCGAGCGUCGCGACAUCUGGUCCCUGCGCGACCUGCGCAAGAAACACAUCCCCUGGCUGCGCCACAUGAAGACCAAGCUGCUCGCCGCCACCUUCGCCCAGUACCCGCUUGUCGACCCCGACCAGCUCAAGCUCUACGUUCAUUACCAGCCGACCUACUACCACUUCCACAUUCACAUUGUUCACGUGCAGCUCGAGGCCGGCGCGACCCAGGCCGUCGGCAAGGCCGUCGGGCUCGACAGCAUCAUGGAGACGCUCGCAGUCAUGCAAGGGGGCGAAGAGGCGGGUAUGGACAGUCUUGCAUUGAGUUAUACGCUUGGCGAGGCCAGCGAGCUAUGGACGGAGGUGUACGAACCCAUCAAGAGAUCAUCUGCUACGAGCGGUAAAGCUUCUCAAUAG